AUGGAGGACGAGAUUGGGAUCGAAAACGAUCGGAGUUCCGGAGAUCCGAGCAACGAGGCGUUGAGAUCAGGAUUAGCCGAUACUCGAGCUUCAAGAUUGAAUCGUAGUCAUAGUUCUUUAAAAGGUGAAGAGAUGUGGACGAAGCUUGUCUCUGAUCCUACGACGAGUAGCUUUCUGAAACAGCCUGAUUACGUGAAGAUGAUGGAGGAGAUUCAGAAGAACCCUAGCGGUAAUCUCAAUUCUUACGUGAAGGAUCAGAGAGUGAUGAAAUCUGUUGGAGUUGUGUUGAAUCUUAAUCUCAGAGGAGACAAGUCUGAGGUUGAGAAGAAACAAGAGAUGAAGGAGAGAGCCGAAUCAGAGAAAGAGUUAGGGAACGCUGCGUUCAAGAAGAGACACUUCGAAGCUGCGAUUCAGCAUUACUCUAAUGCCAUGGAGUUUGAUGAUGAAGACAUCUCUUGUAUCACGAACCGUGCGGAUUUAGGGUUAAGGAAUAAUAAUCAAUGUCGUUUGGUUGAUUGGUUUCAGUACAAAGAGUGUAUUGAGGAUUGUAACAAGGCGGUUAAGAGAGGUAGAGAGCUUGGAUCAGAUUGCGAGAUGGUAGCUAGAGCUUUGACUAGAAAGGGAACUGUUUUUGUCAAAAUGGCGAAAUGCUCUAAAGACUAUGAACCUGCUAUUGAAGCUUAUCAAAGAGCUCUUACAGUGCAUCGUAAUCAUGAAACGUUGAGUAAGCUGCACCAAGCUGAAAGAGCAAAGAAAGAAUGGGAGAGGCAGGAGUAUAUUGAUCCCAAGAUUGGUGAUGAAGAGCGUGAGAAAGGUUAUUUCUUUUGCAAAGUAGUCUUGUGUUGUGUGAGCACAAAAACUGAUAAAGAGUGGUUUGUAAUGCAGGGAAGGUAUGCUAACAGACCGAUAGUGGAGCUCGAGAUUGCUGCUAAGGAGCAAAUGAAAAUCACAGAGCUCCCGAUGGCAAAGCUCUUCUCCGAGAAGGCUAAAGUUGUUUCACAAACUGAGUCAACAAAACCUCAAGAAGAUCGUUUGAGAAUCAUAGGAGGGCAUUUGAAUGUUGCAGAAGCUGCUCCCAAGAGAAGUAGGCCACCCAUCACCACUCAUGUCUUAGACGUCUCACGUGAUGCUCCAGCUGUAGGUGUUGAAGUGCAUUUGGAAGUGUGGAAUGGUACUACCAGUCCUUCCUUUGGCUAUGGAGGUCGUGGUGGGGACUACUGGUCCAUGGUGGGUACUUCAGCUACUGAUAAAGAUGGGCGUAGUGGGCAACUGAUGGAUUUGGUCGAGACGUUGAAACCAGGGAUGUAUAGAAUAAGCUUCAACACUGGAAAGUAUUGCCCAAGAGGCUUCUUCCCUUAUGUUUCCAUUGCAUUUGAGGUCACAGAAUCUCAGAAAUGGGAGCAUUUCCACGCCCGCUGUUACUUUCACCAUUUUCUUUCACCACAUACCGUGGGAGCUAGAGCUGCUGCUGCAGUCUUCAAUACAUUUGGUGGUUUACUGUUAUGUAUCAAAAUUGCUAUAAAAAUAAAAAUCUGUAUUUGUGUAUUUAUUUGGGGUUUGUGA